UAUCUAAAAGUCUUCCCUAUCUCUCACUGUUAGUGCAUCCUUGACCCUCAAAGCUGUUCAGCCUCUUGUGCAAAUGCAUUUCUGGUAGCUCAAGGUUUCACAGAACAGAAGGUGUCCUCUUACAUGUUUAUUCUUUCUGAUGUUGCAGGAUCAGGCAUUUCUGACCUAGCAGAUCUCCGCCUUGUGAAUGGCUUUGAUAAAUGCUCUGGAAGGCUUGAAGUUUUUCAUGACCAGCGCUGGGGAACUGUUUGUGCUGAUGGCUGGGACCUUGCUGAAGCUUAUGUGGUUUGCAGGCAGCUGGGCUGUGGGGCAGCACGCUCUGCCUCAAGCUUUUCCAGAUUUGGGGAAGGACCUUAUCUGACCUGGGUUGAUGCCGUGGAGUGCAUAGGGAUGGAGCGAGCCCUCUUUGAAUGCAAAGUCAAGCUUUGGGGAGCCCACAGCUGCAAGUCCAAGGGAUAUGCAAGUGUCGUGUGCUCUGAGGCUGUAGAUGUAGAUCUGCGGAGCCCAGAAGCCAUACGGCUGGCGAAUGGCCCACACCGCUGCUCUGGACGGGUGGAGGUGUUUCACAGUCAGCAGUGGGGGACCGUGUGCCAUGAUGGCUGGGAUCUGAAUGAUGCCAAUGUGGUGUGCCGGCAGCUGGACUGUGGAACGGCGGUGUCAGCUCUGAGGAUGUCUUCAUUUGGGCGAGGGUCUGGCCCCAUCUGGCUAGAAGGGGUGAGAUGUUUUGGGACAGAAGCUACCCUCACUGAAUGCCCAGUCAAGCCUAAAGGACUCCAUAGUUGCAGCCAUUUGGAAGAUGCUGGUGUUGUGUGCUCAGGCUCAGGAACUUCCAAUAUUUCCACACUUCGGCUGGUGGAUGGUUUGAGUGAGUGUGCUGGGAGGGUAGAGGUGUUUUACAACAAUGAGUGGGGGACAGUCUGCGAUGACAACUGGGACAUGAAUGAUGCGGCGGUGGUGUGUCGGCAGCUGGGAUGUGGGACUGCACUGUCAGCCCCGGGAUCGGCUCGAUUUGGGUGGGGGCACAGCCGCAUCUGGCUGGAUGAAGUACGCUGCACAGGGGAGGAAAAUGAUAUCUCACAGUGCGCAGCUAAGACCUGGGGUGUCCACAACUGCCAUCAUGGAGAAGAUGCUGGUGUGGUGUGCUCAGGAAACUUGAGCUCAGCUGAUGUACGGCUGGUGAAUGGUCCCAGCCGCUGCGCCGGGAGAGUGGAGGUCCUGCACAACGGGCAGUGGGGGACAGUGUGCGAUGAUGGCUGGGACCUGAACGACGCCAAGGUGGUCUGCAGGCAGUUGGGCUGCGGAACAGUGCUGUCGGCCCCGGGCAGGGCUUACUUUGGGCAAGGCACUGGGUACAUCUGGUUGGAUGACGUGAGCUGCACUGGGAUCGAGGAUGCACUCCCUCAUUGCCAAGCCCGUCUAUGGGGACAGAAUAACUGCAACCACAGAGAAGAUGCUGGUGUGGUCUGCUUAGUGACAGACACCUCAAAAACCAACUCCCUGCGGCUAGUGAGUGGCCCCAACCGCUGCGCUGGCAGAAUAGAGGUGCUGCAUGAUGGACAGUGGGGCACGGUGUGCGAUGAUGGCUGGAACCUCCAAGCUGCCACUGUGGUGUGUCGACAGCUGAACUGUGGCAGGGCUGAGUCAGCCCCCAGCGGUGCUCGCUUUGGUCAAGGCACUGGGCAUAUCUGGCUGGAUGAUGUGAACUGUGCUGGGACCGAGGAUGCCCUUCACCAGUGCCGAGCCCGUCCAUGGGGAAUGAAUAACUGCAACCACAGAGAAGAUGCUGGCGUGGUUUGCUCAGACUCACGAUUAGAGAUUACAGCCAAAGUGCGGCUGGUGAAUGGUCCACAUCGCUGUGCCGGGAGGUUGGAGGUGUUUCAGAACGAGAGAUGGGGGACCGUGUGUGGCAACGGCUGGGACAUGAAUGACGCCAUAGUGGUGUGCCGGCAGCUGGGCUGUGGCAUUGCUCUCUCGGCUCCUGUCCAGGCUCACUUUGGCCAAGGGUCAGAUCCCAUCUGGAUGAACAGAGUGUCCUGCAUCGGGACAGAAAGUUCCAUUUCAGAAUGCUUGUCGUCUCCAUGGGGAAUCCAACUGUGCACCCACAUGGAUGAUGCCGGCGUGGAAUGCUCAGAUGACACAUCAACUCUUCGCCUGGUGAAUGGCCCUCAUCGCUGUUCUGGUAGAGUCGAGGUGUUUCACAACCAGCAGUGGGGAACUGUUUGUGAUGAUGGCUGGGACAUGAAUGAUGCCAUGGUGGUGUGCAGACAGUUGGGCUGUGGGGAAGCGCUGUCAGCCACAACACAAGCUUCCUUUGGACGAGGGGUGGAUCCCAUCUGGCUGGACAGAGUUGCUUGCACUGGGAGAGAAAAUGCUCUUGUACAGUGCAGGGCCAGACCCUGGGGAGUCAACGUCUGCACACAUGAAGAAGAUGCUGGUGUUGUGUGCUCAGACAAAAAUAUCACAGCGGAGGCAGCAGAGAUCCGCCUAGUGAAUGGCCCCAGCCGCUGUGCUGGGAGAGUGGAGGUGCUGCAUGAUGGACAGUGGGGCACGGUGUGCGAUGAUGGCUGGAACCUCCAGGCUGCCACUGUGGUGUGUCGACAGCUGAACUGCGGCAGGGCUGAGUCAGCCCCCAGAGGUGCUCGCUUUGGUCAAGGCACUGGGCAUAUCUGGCUGGAUGAUGUGAACUGUGCUGGGACCGAGGAUGCCCUUCAUCAGUGCCAAGCCCGUCCAUGGGGAAUGAAUAACUGCAACCACAGAGAAGAUGCUGGCGUGGUUUGCUCAGAAAACCACACGUCUCCCCUUGCAGAAGACUCCAACACCACGGAAGAAAUGCAGAUCCGGUUGGUGAAUGGCCCGAAUCGCUGUGCUGGCAGAGUGGAGGUGUUUCACAACAGGCAGUGGGGAACAGUGUGUGAUGACAGCUGGAAUUUAAGGAGCGCUAAGGUGGUUUGCCGGCAGCUGGGCUGUGGGACAGCGGCGUCAGCUCCAGGCAAGGCUCACUUCGGAAGAGGGUCUGAUCCCAUCUGGCUGGACGAUGUGGAGUGCAGUGGCACUGAAGCCAGCCUCUCCCAGUGCAGACUGAAUAACUGGGGAAACCAUAACUGCAACCACGAGGAAGAUGCGGCAGUGGUGUGCUCAGGCACCAACCCCUUGCAGCUGCGGCUGCAGGACAGCUCAAGCCCCUGUGCAGGUCGUGUGGAGGUUCGGUACAAUGCCACCUGGUACAGCAUCUGCGACAAAAGCUGGAGCUCGUUGGAGGCAGAGGUGGUUUGCAAGCAGCUGGGCUGCGGACCAGCACAGCCUAAAAGUGCAGGAACCCAGGUCAGCCAGGAUCACAACUACAUCUUUCUGGAGGGGCUGCAAUGCCGCGGUGGCGAGUCACUCCUCCUGGAGUGCCAGCAGAACAAGGUUGGCCCAGGGCUGUGCCAGCACCGCGUGGCAGCCAGUGUGGUAUGCACGGAGCCAAGAGGCUCUCCAUCGUCCUGCUCUGCACUGGUAGCGCUGCUCAUCCUGAUGGUGAUGGUGAGCGGGGUCCUGCUGUGGCUCUACCUUAAGAGCAGGUGCACUGGAACAGGCCAAGCUGCAGACCUUAGAUGUCCCAGGGAGCGAGGUGCCUCUGCAAUGCCCUUCCAGACUGCAGGAGCCAUCUACCAUCCAGCUGAAGGACAACUCCAUAAGGAUGCUGACACAGAGACAACUGAGCUCAUCAGAGAAGAUGCUCUCUUGUGAUGCUGGCGCAAUCCCUUCUGCAGAAGCAGCACUAUCAGCCCACGCUGUGGGGUCAUCAGCCAAGCUCAUUCCUCUUUUCCUCCUGCAUCUCAUUCUUCAGAGCAAAUGCUUUUUCCCUUAAGCUCCUGCAGAACAUGCUUUCGAGGAGACUGCAAAGCACAGCUUAUGGACUGGACAUUUAUAAAACAGUCUGUACCAAUGAUUUAUACUCAGGAGCCCCAAAACAGCUAUCCAGUCUUCUGAAGGUUAUUUGAUCCAGGUCAAUUUCAGAGGUUUCUGAUGCCAUAUACCAGACAGUAGGACAGCCUGGUAGCCGUGCAGCCUGACAUCACGUUGAGCAGAGUAGCAGGGAAGCUGAAACAGGACUAAAACUGCUAACAAAUUAAAGGAGAAGCGUGUCCCCAAUCCUUCCAGCUGUGGUGAGCAUUAAUGCUGUGAGAUGUAAUGCUCUGUGCUCCUCUGCAGGGAAGCCAGCCAGGGCUGCCUGGUGCCUCCUGCACUGGGUGGCUUCCCUCAACCUAGCAAAUGUAGGCAAGCCCCCAUUUCUUGUCUAUACCAGGCACAAGAUUGUAUUCUUGGCUGAGCUAACAGUAUUGCCAGCAGGUCAAGAAGCAAUUCCUCCCCUCUAUUUAGCACUGGUGGGAGUGCAACUGUAAUGCUGGAUCCAGUUCUGGAUCCGCCAAUACAAGAAAGACAUGGACACACCGGAGAGAGUCUAAGGGCAUUCAAAAAGGAAGAUGUACGAACACAUCCAGGUGUGUAUCUGCAAAGGUGCUUUCACAGACACAGAGUGCCCAAUGCGAAAAAAAUUCAGCUCCAGAAGACAUUUAGGAAGACCAAGGAUAACAUCUCAAACACAACAGAUAAGUACUUCCAAGCAAUGGUCUAUUGACUGUGAGUUGUUUAGAGCACUGCCUCAGGUGUUUCAGAUAGACAGCACAAACACUCUGAACUACGGCAGAGAGCCAUCUGUGAGAUCCUCAGUGAUUACUGCACCUCAUGGAAUGUAAAAUGGGGUCAGUUUACCAAGGGUGACUGGGUACAGAGAGGGAGACGGCAUGGCAACAUUCUGCCUCUUCCAGUCUUGCCAGCUCAAAGCAGUAUGGGUAGGUUAUGCCUGAACAUGUCCAGUCCUAUCUCCUAACUUUGGAGGGGCUGGUUUCUUUCCAGUGCCCAUCAGUGCUAAUCUGUGUAUCAGCUAUUUUCAUUAUUUACAAUAGAUUACAAAACAUAUACAAAAUAAAUCCCUCUUGCCUUAC